AUGUCUCAUUCGAAUUUAUCUGGUUCAACGUCAAGUAGUUUAGUUCCCUUACAAAAUGGAAGUGGUGAGCCGUGUGAAUCAGCAGCAUGUUCACGUGCUGAUCUUACUAUGGAACGUGAUGAGUAUUUGGGCGAGUCCACUACCGCUAUGUUGGCUGAUUUAACUUUAGGCGAGAAUGGGAACGAAUUCCGUCUUAGUUAUUUGGCUGACCGUCAUCGAGUUCUGGAUACUUUCUUGGAAUGGAACGAUGAUGAGCAAGUAGAUUUUGUAAAAGUACUUUUAUAUAAGAUGCGCCAUGAACAACACGGGCAAAUCGAUGCUUUCUUAAAACCUAUUUUACAACGGGAUUUUAUAGCUCAUUUACCCGACCGUUUAGCAGUUUACGUUUUAUCAUUUUUGGAUGCCCGUUCACUCAGGAUGAGUGAAGCAGUUAGUCACGCUUGGAAGAGGGUGAUUGCUCGAGGGGCUUUGUGGCGAAAACUGAUAGAAAGGAAUAUAUCAACUGACUCAGUUUGGAAGGGUAUUACUGAUAAAAGAGGAUGGAGCAAAUUUUUUUUUAUCAAAAAGGAUGUGGCACAAAAAUUAGUGCUUCAAGAGGCAGGAUAUGAUGCUGCAGCUGUCGAACAUAAAAAGAACACAGAAGAGUCAGUUGAAAUACAGCACAAUUUUUACCGAAAUUUUUUUCCUAGAAUAUACAAUGAUAUCAAAUCUUUGAAAGACAACUGGAAGAAUGGGAGGCGCACUCUAUCUAGAAUACAGUGUAAUUCGGAGCCAAGUCGAGGUGUUUAUUGCUUACAAUAUGAUGAUGAGAAAAUUGUUUCGGGACUACGAGAUCAUACCAUAAAGAUAUGGAGGAGGAGCGAUCUUCAGUGUGCUAUGGUGCUUCGGGGUCAUACAGGAUCUGUUCUUUGUCUGCAGUACGAUGAUAAAGUCAUAAUCAGUGGAAGUAGUGAUACAACUGUUCGGGUUUGGGACGUUCAUACUGGUACACCAUUAAACGUAUUGGUUCAUCACGUUGAGGCCGUCCUUCACCUGCGGUUUCAGAAUGGAAUGAUGGUUACUUGCUCCAAAGAUCGUUCUAUAGUCGUAUGGGAUAUGAAUUCACCAACAGAUAUUGUUGUUCGCCGUGUUUUAGUUGCCCAUAGAGCUGCAGUUAAUGUUGUUGAUUUUGAUAGUAAAUAUAUUGUUUCUGCGUCUGGAGAUCGCACCAUAAAAGUUUGGUCAACCGACACGUGUGAGUAUGUCAGGACACUUAUGGGACAUCGUCGAGGAAUUGCAUGCUUACAGUAUCACGACAGAUUAGUAGUUUCUGGCUCAAGUGAUAACAGUAUACGGUUAUGGGAUGUUGAAAUUGGGAAUUGCUUGAAAGUUCUUGAAGGGCAUGAGCAGUUGGUUCGUUGUAUUAGGUUUGAUUCAAAAAGAAUUGUGUCAGGUGCAUAUGACGGGAAGAUCAAGGUUUGGGACUUGCAGACUGCUUUAAAUCCUCGUUCCCAUCCUGAAGCGGCAUGCCUGCUUACCCUUGUUGAGCAUACCGGACGAGUAUUUCGACUGCAGUUUGAUGAAUUUCAAAUUGUUUCAUCUUCGCACGAUGAUACAAUAUUAAUCUGGGACUUCUUGGAUCCAAGUCCAGGAGUAAGCGCUAUUCGGGAUGGACCUGUUCAAGAUGCGGCGCCAGGAGCAAAUGCCCAAGCUCCAUUAGCGGCUAAUGACGAUCCGUCUGAUAAUGAUGUAAGUGAUGACGAGGAAGCCCUGAAUAGAGCAAUUGCUGCUGUUGGAGAGGAAGUUGCUGCUGCUGCGGAGGCAGAGGGAAUUCGGAUCCACUUUGACGGAGAAAUUCCUGCGGAAGCUCAGAUUUUGGGGGAUAAUGAAUAUGGCCCAAUACGACGGGGAGGGAAUGGAGCUCCCUGA